CUUCGCCACAGGAUAAUGAUAGGCAAGGAACCCGUUGAUUAAUCGUUGAUUAAACGUCCCGACCAGCGCUUGAAGUGCAAACAAAAUACAUGCCACUUUUCUCAAAACAUACAAAAUAGCUACUCCAGCUGAAUGGACUUCAGAUGGAGGAAUACACGGUCAUAUGUGUCGCUUACCGUCAAUUCGGGCAGUGAAACUUCAAUGGUGGAGUUUUCCACAUGAGAUGUUUAUUGACGGUGCCUUUCGCUUUUUAAAGGGUGUACUGAAAUCGGGACAAUCGAGUGCAAUUAAGACUAUAAUCUCUGGAGCAGGACUUUAAGGUGUUUAUCUUAUAUUUUUUACUGGAGUCUAUUGAAUAACUGGCUGACGUGGGGAUCACGCAGAGGGGCUGGACGAGAAACGAGAGACACUGUCGGGCAAGAGGGGCUGCGCCGCCGCGCGUCUGGGAUUACAGUAAACACACUUCGUUUCAUCAAUAUCUUCUUAUCCCAAUACGCUUUCAUGUGAUAAUGCUAACACUUUUGUACUAUAAAUCGCGAAGGAAACGCCGGGAUCGCUGUUGUAAUUGUUCUUGUAGAGGUUUUGAUACCCACAGACUGACCGCUGUCUACAAGUUAAUGGAUGUUUACGUCAGUGAAUGAUAUGCAACUUUGCGAAGUUUUUAAAGUUUACAGUCCGACAUUUUGAUGUAUAGAAUUUGCAUUUUAAUAUCAGAUCAAUUUGAUGUGGCAUAUUAAAAGUGCUGCUUAAAAUGGUUGAGAAUAGAUGCUUUGUUCAGAGAGAGGAGGUUUACCGCUGGUUCUCUGUGCUGAGUUCGGCGCAGAGGGCUGAGUUCCUCUGUGGCCUUUUGGACCUUUGUGUGCCCGUUGAGCUGCGUUUUCUCGGUUCCUGCAUGGAGGACCUGGCCCGAAAAGACUACCACUCCCUAAGGGAUGCAGAAAUCAAAGCCAACAACCCGGCCGACCUCGCCAACCUGACCAACAUAACGGACGAGGUCGUGAGGAGUAAGCUGCUCGUCUCCCUCGCGCUCCUCACCUCAGACAACCGUGUGGCGGCGGGAGUUUUGUUUCGGACACUCACCCAUAUCGACAGCAUUAUAAACAACUACGGGCUUCAGCUUAACGACGGUCAGACGGGAGAGCAGUUCUUGCUCCUCUUCACCAUGGCCUCCAACCACCCGGCUUUCAGUUUUCAUCAAAAGCAGGUGCUGAGGCAGGAGUUGAGGCAGAUCCAGGAGAUCCUACAGGUGACCGUUGGUGAAGCGCCGUCGACGUCACACGGGGGCGGGGCCAGCGUUGGCUCGCUCUCAAACAACAGCGCGACCUUCCCUUCCUUCAUCACCGCGCCCACCUUCAACUCAUGCCAGACCGGAUGUCCGUGCUGUACUGAGACCAUGCGACACGAGGUCACGGGAGGUCAGACGGAUGAAGGCUUAGGUCCUGAGAUCAUGCCCCCAAGUCCAUCACUCUCGUGCCAAGAGAUUCCACUCAAAGUGCACAUUGGAAAACCGAACAAAGUCUAUGUUGAAAGAAUUGAGCUGAAAGGAGUCACACCCAAAACAGACAAACCAAGAGAAUACAUCCUAGAGGCCUUGUGGUCAGACUCCACCUUGUCUGCUGUCAGCAAAACCUCUCAGGAAGUGACAGAGUUCAUCUCCCAGCUUUCUCAACUCUUUCCUGACGAGUGUCUGGAGAAACUUCUGCCUCAGAUGCCUGGACUUGACUCCAUUCAUGAGCUAGAUCCUCUAUGCAUGACAUCGCUUCCACCUCAAGUCCUGAAACACGACAAAGUCAGUUUCUUCUUCAGCACUUCGUCCACACCUCAACUCCCCAGUAGCACAAAUCUUGGCUGUCUGCUUCAAUAUAGGGGAGCUAGCAGGCACAUCUGUGGUGUUGCCAGCAUCCAGCCUGUCCUAAACCUCCAUGCCCCCCUCUCUCAGAGCUCUCUUGCCCACCUGCCUCCUCUCCCACCUCAGACAGCGGUAGCUAUCCUCCCCAAUAGUGCUGUACCCAUGGGGGAGGGCAUUCCUCCACAGGCACACCCCCUAAGCCCUGGAACCCAACAUCAACCCCAAUCCCAGCAGUCCCAACCCAGCCCGGAGCAGAACGGCAUCCUUGAUUGGCUUCGUAAACUCCGACUGCAUAAAUAUUACCCUGUCUUCAAACAGUUGACCAUGGAGGAGUUCCUCGCGCUCACAGAGGAGGAUCUCAACAAGUAUGACCUCACUCAGGGGGCCAAGAAGAAACUAAAGACUCAGCUGGAGCUUCAGAAAGAAAAGCUGGAGAAGAGAUAUGUGGUGUCUCAGUUUCCUGUUCUCUGUGGUGGGGUGGCCAGAGUGACGCCCUCCAGCCAUAUCGUACCACUAACGCACACCCACAGCGGCAUCAGCGGCACUGAGCUACGAAUAGAUGUAGAGAACAGCUCAUUGCCCAUUCAACGGGACAGCAGUUCCUCCUCUGGAUAUUCCAGCGCUCCUUCUAGUCCGAUGACCCCUUUAUCACGUGAUGCUUCCUUUGACCGGGUCAAAGACCCCCACCGACGAGUAGAAUCUGUUUCGGAUCCUGGAGAGAAAAAACGGUCAUGUUUUCUCCUCAAUCCAGCUGUAUCCGGUCCCAGCCGUCCCACUGCCCAAGUCCUCCCAGUCCAGAAUGAUCCCUCCCACAUGAGUUUACCCUCUCUCUCCCUGCCCCUCCUCUCCCCAGACCUUGUCCUCAACUCCCCCCGCAAACCCCACCCACCUCCUCUCUGUUCAGAAGAACGUCCCAAACAAAUGGGUUCUGAAGUUACUGUUGGUGUCCGACUUGAGAACAUUUUCCCUGGACUGAGUCUUGACAGUUCAACUGGGCACCAGGAUGUUUCGGGACCUCGGGGGCCCCUCACAGUGCUUCGUUCUCCUCUUGGUCUGAUGGUGGAGACCAGCAGUGCUCUCACCGCCACGUCCAACACCCAUCAUCUUGUCUCUCACCCUCCUUUACACCUACAAGUGUCUUCCUCUGUUCCACUCUCUGGAUCUUACCCAUUCUCCACCCCUUUGUCCUGCCCUUCAUCAAGCUCCUCCUCCAGGCCCUCCUUCUCACCUGUCAUUGGAGUACCCAUAGCAACAGCCAGCAGCAUUCCAAUGGCAGCGGUACCUGGUAACACCUACUGUGUAAACAAUACACCUGCAGUCACGCCCAGUUCUAGUCCAGCAUCCACAGAAAAUACUGGCUACAUUUCACAAGCAAACAGCUCUACCUCUAGUUCCUCAUUGUGUGUUUGUAGUUCUUGUGGUUGUAGAGGUAACUGCGGCUCCUACAGGGCACUUCCAGCUAGUUACGCUGGAUACUUUCCAAGCCCCUUUUCGGGUACGUCAGUAUUCACGUUAGGACCUUUGCUACAUUUUAGUCCACUGCUUACAGGAAGUGGUACUGCCUCCCCUUUCUCAUACCCUCUGGUGGCCCCACCCAUCUACAAUAACAGCCUAUCACAUGACUCACAACAGAACUUUGUGUGUCCACCAGUUCAGGGUUUCUUAGCGGGAGGUGUGUACCAGCCACAUGCAAUGAUGGGAAAUGGAAGCUCUGGGCAUAAGAAAACUGGGAAUGUGUCCUGCUAUAACUGUGGGUUGAGUGGACAUCGUGCACAAGACUGCAAGCAGCCAGCAAUGGAUUCUGCACAACAAGGGAUAUUUCGUCUGAAAUAUUCUUCGCAGUCAGACAGCCAGGACUCUGGGGACUAAAUGUUGUGUAAGAACUGGUUUGGAUCUGCAAUGUCCUCAGUGUGUAAAUACACUUCCAUGCAAGACCUCACUGAGUAAAGACAUUAAAGAAUCUUUUUUCAGGAGGAUUAAGUGAUCGAGUUUGAUCAGUCAUGGCUUCCAGUGAAACCCUUUUGCUACAGAAUCGAGGCUUGAUCUUGCAUGGCACCUAGGAUCUUUGUAAAGGGAUAUUUGGAGGAGUACGAAAACAUUCUUCUAUUUGUGUUCUUCAGUUCUCUUUACACUGUUAAAAUCACACUUCAAACUUGCCUGUGCAAGUCACAGUGGAGCAGCCAGUAGUGUAUCAGUCAACAUUUGCCUCACAUGUCAUUCUUGGAAGCAAAACAAGAAGGGGUUUACCAACCAAUCAUGCUCGCCAAAUAAUGUGCAAUGAUGGCAGUGUUUUUGCUCAUGGUGUGUCUAUGAGUCAACCUUUGAGAAUAGGAUACUGGCAUUUUCUUAUGGAGAUUAUUGAGAAAAGAAGGAAAAACUGAAAUCUCUUUGUCUUGUGAAAUCAACUUGACAUUUUAAAACUUUGUGGAGGAAAGUGUCUGAAGAGGUCAUGCUUUGCUUUUUUGACUACCAAUAGAAACAUUUGCCAGGAAGGCCUCUUAAGCAUCAUAUGUGUUAUAUGUUAGUGACCGUUUUUUGUAGAAAUCAUGGUAUUUUUUUUUAAUGUUCUAGUUUUUGGAAUGUUUGCUAUAUUCUUUUUUAUAUAAUCUCUUUGCUCAUAAAGGAUAAAUAAGUGCCAUGUCACCAUGGUGCUCAGCUAAAUGAUGUGUAUACAUAUACCAUUGAUGAACAGUCUCGUAGCUCACAGUAGGUCUGCCUUAAAAAGGUUUACAAGUUAUCAUUGAAAGGGAUAAAUGAAUGGGAUUUUUACUUCCGGAACCAGACUGUUGCGCUCUAUAGCUUAAAUGGUCUGAAGAUUUCUGUAAUUCGAGUUCUGAUGGGAAACAAAUCAUUUUGUCACAUUGAAAAGUUAAAAAUGAUGGGUUUUCCCAUGUUAUGUUAUGGUUUUCCAUACUGUUAAAAAAAGGUAAAUAUUCCACCUUAAACAUAAGACCCAAGAGGUUCCAUCCCAUUUUCUCAUUCAAUGGAAAACUAAAAGCAAAAUGUAUAUUUAUGAUCCAAGUAUUUGUUCAGCGUAUAGCUGCCUCUAACAGAAUGUUUCUGUACUUUUUAUUUACAAAGAUCUUACAAUCGCUGGCUAUGCAUGGUGCUUUAUACAUUACUACAUGCUGUAUGUAUUCUCAAGUCUAGUGUAUUUGCAAGUCUUUUGACUUAAAAUGACAAUGCAGACGCUGCCAUUUUGUAUUCAGAGGUGAAUGUUUAAUGAUGUUUGAAUGAUAAAGUUGUUUUUGUAAUGUAUCAAUUUGACUAUUUUUAAAGUAAAUUUGUUUUAAAUUUUCAAUUUAAAUUA